AUGCUAAAAAUUGAGGAAUAUGUUUGCAACUUAAAAGAAUCAAAUACACUAUUCAAUGAUGCUCUAAGGAUUGAUACUCAUCAGUCAUUAGAGGCUUACGAUAAUACAUAAUUUUAGAACCCAAUCUAUAAUAUUGUACCACUUGAAUAUUUUUAAAGCGUAACCGAAAAUAAAUACUCAAACAUCUUUAGUUCUUGUGUUUAAUCUCUAAAAAACGAAGAACUUUAAUCAACAAUAAAAUAAAUAUCAAAAAAAAGAACUUUUUCAUUCGCUGAAUCUUAAUAGUUGAAUAAGGAUGCCGCAUGUAAUAUUUCAGCCGAUUUUGGUUAAAAAACUUAGUAGCCAGCAUAAAUGGAUCUGAAAUCUUAAUCUAAAUUUAGUUAUGCAAGCAAUUUAUAGAAUAUUGAGACUCCUAAUAAAGACAAGUGGUAGCUAUAAGAUUCUAUGUUGGUUCUAAAUAACAGCAUACCUUAAUCCAAAUUUAGUUCUCCUGAGAAGAAGAAUGAGAAAGUUCAAAAAUUUAAGACUAAAAAUUCGAGUUUUAAUGUAGAAAAAAAUGAAUUAACUUAAACCACUCAAGUUUCCAAAAUUAUUUGUAAAAGCAAUUGCAAGGAAUUUGAAUCAAUCUUUAAGGAAUGCUAACAUAAUUUUGAAAAGAACAAGGCAAGGAAAUCAGAUGAAUACAUAGCUUGUAACAUAUAAUGA